AAGCCAAGGAGAGACGAGAACGAGGGACGACCAGCAAGUACCAAGGUCUGCAGCAGGAGGAGACCGGCUCACAGGAGCAGCAGCAUUGGAAGAGGCACCCGGCAGCCUCCCAGGCAUCCUGGAGGGUCUGCUCCCUGUCUUUCCAAGGAUGAGUCUCCAGGAGAUGUUCCGCUUCCCUUUGGGGCUCCUGCUUGGCUCUGUGCUCCUGGCGGCUUCGGCCCCAGCCACUCUGGAGCCUCCCGGCUGCAGCAACAAGGAGCAACAGGUCACUGUCAGCCACACCUACAAGAUCGAUGUGCCCAAGUCUGCCUUGGUUCAGGUUGACGCUGACCCUCAGCCCUUCAGUGACGAUGGGGCUUCGCUCUUGGCCCUGGGGGAGGCCGGGGAGGAACAGAACAUCAUCUUCAGGCACAACAUCCGCCUUCAGACGCCACAGAAGGACUGUGAGUUGGCAGGCAGUGUCCAGGACCUCCUGGCCCGGGUGAAGAAGCUGGAGGAAGAGAUGGUGGAGAUGAAGGAACAGUGUAGUGCCAAGCGCUGCUGCCAGGGAGUCACUGAUCUAAGCCGCCACUGCAGCGGCCACGGGACCUUCUCCCUGGAGACCUGCAGCUGCCACUGCGAGGAGGGCAGGGAGGGCCCCGCCUGCGAGCGGCUGGCCUGCCCCGGGGCGUGCAGCGGCCACGGGCGUUGCGUGGACGGGCGCUGCCUGUGCCAUGAGCCCUACGUGGGUGCCGACUGCGGCUACCCGGCCUGCCCUGAGAACUGCAGCGGGCACGGCGAGUGCGUGCGCGGCGUAUGCCAGUGCCACGAGGACUUCAUGUCGGAGGACUGCAGCGAGAAGCGCUGUCCCGGCGACUGCAGCGGCCACGGCUUCUGCGACACGGGCGAGUGCUACUGCGAGGAGGGCUUCACAGGCCUGGACUGUGCCCAGGUGGUUGCCCCACAGGGCCUGCAGCUGCUCAAGAACACGGAGGAUUCUCUGCUGGUGAGCUGGGAGCCCUCCAGCCAGGUGGAUCACUACCUCCUUAGCUACUACCCCCUGGGGAAGGAGCUCUCUGGGAAGCAGAUCCAAGUGCCCAAGGAGCAGCGCAGCUAUGAGAUUCUUGGUUUGCUGCCUGGAACCAAGUAUAUAGUCACCCUGCGUAACGUCAAGAAAGAAGUUUCUAGCAGCCCACAGCAUCUACUUGCCACCACAGACCUUGCUGUGCUUGGCACUGCCUGGGUGACAGAUGAGACUGAGAACUCCCUCGACGUGGAGUGGGAAAACCCCUCGACUGAGGUGGACUACUACAAGCUGCGAUAUGGUCCCAUGACAGGGCAGGAGGUAGCCGAGGUCACUGUGCCCAAGAGCAGUGACCCCAAGAGCCGAUAUGACAUCACUGGUCUGCACCCGGGGACCGAGUAUAAGAUCACGGUGGUGCCCAUGAGAGGAGAGCUGGAGGGCAAGCCGAUCCUCCUGAAUGGCAGGACAGAAAUUGACAGUCCAACCAAUGUUGUCACCGAUCGAGUGACUGAAGACACAGCAACUGUCUCCUGGGACCCAGUGCAGGCUGUCAUAGACAAGUAUGUGGUGCGCUACACCUCUGCUGAUGGGGACACCAAGGAAAUGGCAGUGCACAAGGACGAGAGCAGCACUGUCCUGACGGGCCUGAAGCCAGGAGAGGCAUACAAGGUUUACGUGUGGGCUGAAAGGGGCAACCAGGGGAGCAAGAAAGCUGACACCAAUGCCCUUACAGAAAUUGACAGCCCAGCAAACCUGGUGACUGACCGGGUGACUGAGAAUACCGCCACCAUCUCCUGGGACCCGGUGCAGGCCACCAUUGACAAGUAUGUGGUGCGCUACACCUCUGCUGAUGACCAAGAGACCAGAGAGGUUCUGGUGGGGAAGGAGCAGAGCAGCACUGUCCUGACAGGCCUGAGGCCAGGUGUGGAGUACACAGUGCAUGUCUGGGCCCAGAAGGGGGACCGAGAGAGCAAGAAGGCUGACACCAACGCCUCGACAGACAUUGACAGCCCCAAAAACCUGGUGACUGACCGGGUGACAGAGAAUAUGGCCAUUGUCUCCUGGGACCCGGUGCAGGCUGCCAUUGACAAGUACGUGGUAUGCUACACCUCUGCCGAUGGAGAGACCAGGCAGGUUCCGGUGGGGAAGGAGCAGAGCAGCACUGUCCUGACAGGCCUGAGACCGGGCAUGGAGUACAUGGUGCAUGUGUGGGCCCAGAAGGGGGACCAGGAGAGCAAGAAGGUCGACACCAAGGCCCAGACAGACAUUGACAGCCCCCAAAACCUGGUGACUGACCGGGUGACAGAGAAUAUGGCCACUGUCUCCUGGGACCCGGUGCAGGCCACCAUUGACAGGUAUGUGGUGCGCUACACCUCUGCCAAGGACGGAGAGACCAGGGAGGUUCCGGUGGGGAAGGAGCAGAGUAGCACUGUCCUGACGGGCCUGAGGCCGGGUGUGGAGUACACAGUGCACGUGUGGGCCCAGAAGGGGGCCCAGGAGAGCAAGAAGGCUGACACCAAGGCCCAGACAGACAUUGACAGCCCCCAAAACCUGGUCACUGACCGGGUGACAGAGAAUACAGCCACUGUCUCCUGGGACCCAGUGCAGGCCACCAUUGACAGGUAUGUGGUGCGCUACACGUCAGCCAACGGAGAGACCAGGGAGGUUCCAGUGGGGAAGGAGCAGAGCAGCACUGUCCUGACGGGCCUGAGGCCAGGUGUGGAGUACACGGUGCACGUGUGGGCCCAGAAGGGGAACCAGGAGAGCAAGAAGGCUGACACCAAGGCCCAGACAGAAAUUGACAGCCCCAAAAACCUGGUGACUGGCUGGGUGACAGAGAAUAUGGCCACUGUCUCCUGGGACCCGGUGCAGGCCACCAUUGACAAGUAUGUGGUGCGCUACACCUCUGCCGACGGGGAGACCAGGGAGGUUCCGGUGGGGAAGGAGCACAGCAGCACCGUCCUGACGGGCCUGAGACCAGGCAUGGAGUACAUGGUGCACGUGUGGGCCCAGAAGGGGGCCCAGGAGAGCAAGAAGGCUGACACCAAGGCCCAGACAGAACUCGACCCUCCCAGAAACCUUCGUCCAUCUGCUGUAACGCAGUCUGGUGGCGUAUUGACCUGGACGCCCCCCUCUGCUGAGAUCCAUGGCUACAUUCUGACCUACCAGUUCCCAGACGGCACAGUUAAGGAGAUGCAGCUGGGACGAGAAGACCAGAGGUUUGAGUUGCAAGGCCUUGAGCAAGGCGCCACCUACCCUGUCUCCCUUGUUGCCUUUAAGGGUGGUCGCCGGAGCAGAAAUGUAUCCACCACCCUCUCCACAGUUGGUGCCCGUUUCCCACACCCUUCGGACUGCAGUCAGGUUCAGCAGAACAGCAAUGCCGCCAGUGGUCUGUACACCAUCUACCUGCACGGCGAUGCCAGCCGGCCCCUGCAGGUGUACUGUGACACGGACACGGAUGGAGGUGGCUGGAUUGUCUUCCAAAGGCGGAACACUGGGCAGCUGGAUUUCUUCAAGCGAUGGAGGAGCUAUGUGGAAGGCUUUGGGGACCCCAUGAAGGAGUUCUGGCUUGGACUUGACAAGCUACACAACCUCACCACCGGCACUCCAAUGCGGUAUGAAGUGAGAGUGGAUUUACAGACUGCCAAUGAAUCUGCCUAUGCUAUAUAUGAUUUCUUCCAAGUGGCCUCCAGCAAGGAGCGGUAUAAGCUGACAGUUGGGAAAUACAGAGGCACGGCAGGGGAUGCUCUUACUUACCACAAUGGAUGGAAGUUUACAACUUUCGACAGAGACAACGAUAUUGCACUCAGCAACUGUGCCCUGACGCAUCAUGGUGGCUGGUGGUAUAAGAACUGCCACUUGGCCAACCCCAAUGGCAGAUAUGGGGAGACCAAGCACAGUGAGGGGGUGAACUGGGAGCCUUGGAAAGGACAUGAAUUCUCCAUUCCUUACGUGGAGUUGAAAAUCCGCCCUCAUGGCUACAGCAGGGAGCCUGUCCUGGGCAGAAAGAAGCGGACGCUGGGAGGAAGGCUGCGAACGUUCUGAUGGCCCGUGUGAGCAGUCCUCGCAGGAGACACCACCAGCUGUGGGAGCUUGGGGCGGGGUGGGUAGUGGUCACUGGGGUCUGGGAGUGCUCAGAUAGCCCACAGAACAAAUCAUGUCACCAAGCUUCAAGCCAUGGAGGUUCCUUCCCUCUCACCUGCAUUUUUGCCCGUCUUUAUGAGGGUCUUGAAAAUCAAAAUAGUAGUUGCACAGUAUGUGUAGGAAAGACAGUACUGGAACGGUUUCUCAGCUUAUCUUCAGCAACAUAUAUACCGGAUUAGGGCAAGAGAAGGAAUCACCCAGCACUUCACCAAUUGGAAAUCUCUGGAAAUUUACCUCUAUGUAUUUAAAGCUCUGCUAAUGCAAAUCUUUUCUCUGGAAAGAAGCACAGAGGAGGGGUUCUGAUGACCCAGGGGUCAGGGCUGAGACAACAGGACGUUUGUCACCUCCUUUCCCAUUGGGUUUUUAUGAAAACAGUGUGAACCUCCCCCCUUUUAAUUUCUGGUGUUAUGAGGAAGAAUAAAGGGAAUAGAAGGGGCUAAGAUGGACUCAUGUUUAGCUAAGUUCUGACUUGUAUCCAGCAUGCUGGAGACCAAAGCUGCUGCCUUACUGCUAUUUUUAAGCGCCCUCUUUUCAGUCAUUUGCAUAAUUGUGUCCAUAGAGCUGCAUAUGUUGUGAAUAAAUUCUCACUCAUUUCAACUUUGAAUAAUUUGACUCUCUUCAUAAUUGGUUCCUCCCAAAGACUCUUCUACAACUCCUGUUCAUGCCCACCAGGCCUCAGACUCCCUCUUUUCCCCGCCCCGCACUAUUGGAGUCCUGGGUUUUGUGGGAGUGCUCAGCACCGUGAGUCUUACUGUUUGAUCGGUCAGUUGGCAAGAUCAGAUCCUUUUUGCUUAUUUUCUAUCAUUUUGGAGGGUUUUCUGUAGCAAAAUCAGUGACCAAUGAAGUAACUUAAAUUCCUAUUGAAGAAAAAAAAUAAUAAACCACUUGAUU